GCGUGAGAGUGCUCGCGAAGUGCGGAGGUAUCAGGCUGUCGCUCGUUCGUCGGCUUGUCGUAGUCGUCGUCGUCGUCGUCGUCGUCGGGGGCUCGUGGGCUCGUCGUCGUCGGUCAGUUCGAGCCUCCUUUUCUUUGUCCUGACUAGCCCCCCCACUCUCUGCUCCGCGAAAACCUGUGCAAUAGUAGUGUUAGGCAGUGCCGAUCCACAGUGACCGUCUUUCUUUACGUCGUCGCUCAGCUGCGCCUACUUUAGUGUGCGAGCGAACGUAUCCGGCGUGCCAAAUGUCACUAGGUGGACGAUAGGGUCGAAAUACACUCGAUCCUCGACGUCGUACAUACGCACGCGUUUACCAGUGCAUGUAUACAACGUAGAGGUAUCAGAUCCGCGUUCGAGUGUUGUCAGAAACUGAAUGUUGUGAAACGAAGGUGAAGAAAGGAAGAACCGACGAAGUCAGGCGGAAAGAGAAGGGAGAAGUAACCUUACGAAUCUAGUGAAACGUCGUUGAGUAAAAGGAUAAGAGAAAAAAAUAUAAGUAGAGAGGGAUAAACUGGCUUGUAAGCAGACCAGGCUAGCAGAAGUAACGAGUAAGAGACAGACGCGAACGAGAUACUCCUAAAUCGAAAUUCUUUGCACGUGGAACAAACGACAGAGUGGAAACGGAACAGGAAGAAAGAUCAAAAUAAAAAAAAUAAAAAAAAAACACACACACACAUAUAUACACAAUUCUUGAUGCGUAUCACGGUUGGAGAAGUCUGGCCAUCGAUUUGCCGUCCGCGAAUCUAGUGCGCGUUUGAAAUCGUGUUAGCCUCGUGUGUGUUACGUGCACAUAAGCUAACGCAGCCAGCGAGGCGCGUGGACGGUCGAGAAAAGGAGGAAGAGGUGGCGGUGGAGGAGGAAGAGAAGAAGGAGUGGCGGUUGAACAGGCGGGUGGAGAGAAAAGUUCGAGAAGCGGCGGUAGCGCUAACCAACAACAACAUCAACAACAACAACAACGUAACAGAGGGCCGCGUUGUACGGGGCUGUUGGUGGUGCGCGUUUCUGAACGUUUCUCUCGCGUUGUGUGUCGUUGUGAGUGGCGGGAUUGCAGGGAAAGAGGUAGUGAACCGAAGCCGCCAGAAUUACGCCAAACCGGGGAAAUAUGAGCAUUGCUGCCCUAAUACAGGCCGCCGAGUAUAUUGAACGAAGGGAAAGAGAAGCUGAACAUGGCUACGCUUCAACGAUGCCGAUGCCCGAUGACAUGCGAACGGUCACAAAAAGGCCCAAGACGAAAAAAUCCCAGGGCAGCAGGACGACUCAUAACGAGCUGGAGAAAAAUAGGAGAGCUCAUCUCAGAAAUUGCCUGGAAAAGCUGAAAGUAUUGGUUCCAUUGGGUCCCGAAACGUCAAGACACACCACGUUAGGUCUCUUGACCAAGGCCAAGCGUUUUAUUAAGAGCCUGGAGGAGCGCGAACGCAAGCACGCGGUGCACAAAGAGCAGCUGUCUCGCGAGCGGAGGUUCCUCAGGCGACGGUUAGAGCAGCUGACAAGUCAGACGGGUCUCCACGGGCUCCACGGGCUGCACGGGUUGAGUUCGAGCGUCCCGACCGGUUCCUCUUGCGGGUCAGGAGCAGCCGCGGCCGCGGCUCUCCUCUCGAAACGUCGAAGCGUAUCCGAAUGCUCGCUCGGCACGGCCUCCUGCACCAGUUCCACCGCCAGCUCCAGGAACUCCGACAGGUCUGCGGGCAGUCCCUCCGUCUCGGAGUCCGAUGAAAUAGACGUGAUCGGUGAGUCGAGCAACCAGUCGGACACAGAUGAUCACAGCAGCGUGCAAAGCAGCAGUGACAGUGGUGUCGCAAUGUCCACAUCCAGGCUGACCCUUUCCGAAAUGAUGGACAAUCUUUAGGUACGUAUCAGACAAAGAAGAGAUGGCGCGGUGGCGGCGGAAGAAAGCGGAGGUGGAUCGUUCGAGGGCGAAGAAACGUGGGGAAAAGGGUUUGGAAGAGGGAGGAAACACGUGGAGGGCGAAAAGUACGGGCGAAGAAGCGGAAGAACAGAAGAAUAUCGGCUAGCAUGUACGCGGAUACGCAUCCCCUGUCGCGACGCUGAAGAAUCUUAACAGGAUGUGCAGCCGCGUACUCGAUCAGCGAGAUGAAGAAAUCAAGUAUAGAAGAAACCGGGCCAAUGGCGCCAAGUAAAUGGCAAUUAACGAAACUGACCAAUGCGAACGGAAGGAUACGGAAUUAUCAUCCUUGAUCGAAGGAUAUCGUCCUCGAGGAAGAAACGUUAGAGAAGUUGAAUUGGUCGCGUGUAAAUUGAAAGUUGAUCGAGAGCAUUGUACAUAUUUUUAAGGAAGACUAAAUUCUUGAGAGAAGAAGCAAAAAAGAAGAGAAAAUACAGCGUGAAGAAGAAGAAGAAAUGAAUUUCGAGCGUUUCUUUCUCGACACAUAAACGAAGAAAGCUGUCGAUUGGAACUUCAGCCUGUCGAUUUCAACGGAUCGACCGACAAAGAACGAGUCGAUCAAGGGAUAUCUCGAUCGGUGAUCGAUCGAUCGGACCUUAACUAAUCUACACGGUUGGUCCGUUGUGUACAAUUCGUGGAAACGAUCGGUGCGAACCGAUCGCAGUAUCGCGAAGAUCGUCUCUUUUAUCUGAUCUUUCUCGCCCGUUUCUUCGUGCCGAGUUUCAUCGAGACGAUUCCAGCUGACCCCGGGAGAAGAUUCAUCCGUUCUUGUCGACCUGUUCGACUAAAUUUCACGCCGCCGUCGUUCUUGCGAUCGUUUUUUGUCUUUUCAUUUGUCUUGCUUGCUUUUGCUUUCGAAGAGGGUAAACACUAUUGAUGGGAUCCAAGUAGGUUCGAAUUUAACCGAACAGUUUCGAAUAAUUCAUGAGUAUUUGAAAAAAAAAAAAAAAAGAGAGAUACCUGUGAGUGUAUUAGAAUCUAGAAGAGAUAGAUUUGAGUUUUUCACGAGUAUUCGAGUUCACAGAAUGAAACAUCGCUGUAGUAGUCUAAUUCCACGAAGUCAAACUUUGCUUUGGGACUCGACUAGGAUUCCUGAGUGCUCUCCAAUGCGAGAUGAACUUCUCUUGGUUAAAACUUGGGAAAAUUCUGGGGAGAACCUAGGGAAAAUCUAGGGAUAGCCAGGGAAAGACGGGAGAUCCCAGGGAGAGUCUAAGAAAAGCCUCACCUAGAACCUCCCCUCUUGAAACAUAAAUAACAUGAAGAAAUAAGGCGAACAAUGGGUCAUUCCAUCCCCUAAUUUCUAACCAAGGGAAGGCUAAAUUGCAGAUAUUAAACUUGAUCCCAUCUCUGGUCCACACAACGUAUCUUUCUGUCUUCGUCGUUUUUCCAUCCCCCGGCCAAAGAGAUUCGAUCGGAGCAAACCUCUCGUCGCCCGCGUUGAAGAAGGACCGACGGUACGCGAAGAGAAAACACUGGAGAAAUGAAAGUAACAUCGCGAUGUUUUCGCUUUCCGAGGGAAAUCGUGUUACGAGCGUGGUAUCUUUGCAAAAGAUGAGAAAUCUUUAUUUCGCGUGAACGAGAUUGAAAUGGUACAUGGAAAGAUGAAGAAGAAGAAUCUUGCUGAAUGAAAUGGAACAGGCUGGAUGAGAAGGCAUCAGUCAUUCCGGGAAGACCCUGUAUAUCGAAUUAGCAAAAUCAAGGGUGAAAAAGGGGGAUGAAGAGGGAGCGAAUGGGAUUAUUAUCGUUCCAGAAGGGAGGAACAAAGGGAGUUAAAUCGCGAAAACGAGCUUGCGAAGACGGAUUUCUUCGGCAACCCUUACGUCUAAUUAACAAAGACGAGUACACGCGCAAGGGAAAGGGGAAAAACUCGAAAGAACACCGACAAAAAAAUAAACAAUCACGCGCAUGCAUGCAUACACACACAUACAUACACGUACACGAAGAAAAAAAAAAUAAUAAAAAUGACCGAAAAAAAAAAUGAUGGAUAAGAGAUAAAACGAAGAAAAAAAAAAAUAAUAAAUAACACAUACACAGUACGAAACCCCGUCGUGUGUGUGUGUAUGUUCACUUGCACACGAUGGCACACGUAAUUAGAUUCUUUCUGUAUUAAUUAAGGGAGGGUUGGAGGGGGGAGGGGGGUUGCGCCGUGAUAUAUACGGGACGAGUAAUUCUUAAACGUACGCUCUAUUGUAAUUAAGUGAAACGUGUGUUUAACCUCGUUUCGUUGUAAUACACGCAUUCAAAGAGUACAAAUUCUGUAAAGUCCCUCGUUGCUUGUUCGAGGAUGUAACAGGACACCACCCACCACCUGUUGUUGUUGUUGUUGUCGUUCCUUUGAAAGAAACGACGAAUCGGUUUUACUUUGAAACGGCCAGGCAGAAGGGAAGAAAUGAUACACGCAGAGACAGCUGUCAAGUGUUAAACAAUGUUUCUGGUAUGUGUGUGUGUGUCUGUGUGCGUGUGCAUGUAUGUGUGAGAGAGAGAGAGAGAGAGGAGGUGGGUAUAGUGAACGCAGAAAUAUAUCUUGAUUGUUGAAUCAAUCAGUUUUGAAACAACAUGCGUUUAAUGAUGACACAGUCGUCUCUAUUUAACAUUUGGAAAUUAUUUGUAGAAUUUAUUUUCUAAAUUGUGUACAAAAUUUUGUAAAUAUUGAAAAUUGAUAUUGUACGGCCGUUCUAUCCGUCGUGUUUGUCGAAUGAUCGUAUUAACGAUCCAAGGUAUAUUUCUGCGGUUACUAGAAUUAGAAGAACGUCAUGACAGAGAACGUUUCGAAAGAAAAUAAGGUCGUACAUGGGUCCAAAGAGUUCCUUGAAGGGAAGAUCGAUCGACGAAAGAGCCUGUUACACAAAACAAAGGUGAACACGAAAAGAUCGACCGCCUGGUUAGAGUUUCCACUUUGCGGCUCGAGUGGAACUCUACCAGGAGAAAUCUAGAUGGUUAGGGUCCGGUGACUCGUCCCUCAGACCCUUUCGACUUCGUCCUUCGACGAUGAAAUCGUUUUAACCCUUUCGAUCCAAUACCGGUAUAUCCUGAGGUUCAAAUUCCUUAUCUCCUAAACUUGACUUAUUUUACGACCACCCUAUAUUGCUUCUACCAACUAUACACCCGUGUAUAGUUGGUGGAAGCAAUAUACGGUGGUCGUAAAUUAAAGUGUCCGUAAACUUUGAUCACGAAACUUAAAUAAUUCAAUAUUCUGACUAUAAUUAGGAAUCAAAUGUAAAUAUUUUGAAAGUUAUAACAAAAUUUCUAUCGAACGUGGAAGGUAUGGGGUUGGAAGGGUUUACUUCGAUCCAGAAAUCAUAUUCACCAUCGCAAAUUAAUGCUCCAGAAUCACUUUAAAGUGUAACAGGUUAAAAUCGAAGAUCGGUCGAUCGGGAAACCUUCUUGGAUCGAAACAGCGUGGCAGGAAUCGUUCGAGACACACGGAGUCGAGUUUUCCGGCUAGGUUUACGCAGACCAGAUAGACUGAUUACCAAACGUAACGAGUGAUCUCUGAACAAAAAAAAAAAAAAUAACAAACAAACAAAUAAACAACGGUUUUAAACGGCGUUAGUUUGUAAGAAAAUGAUAACAAACGAAAAAAGAAAAAAAAUACGGAGGUUAACCAUUGGGGAUAUACAAGGAUCUCGGAAGUACGUUAAGGGGGUUGGGCGAACACACUUUUUUCGGACAGUUUUCUCGCACAGUACCCUUCGAUUGACCCUUGGAAAAUGGAUGCUGGGUUAUUCAGAUCCUACACAUUUUAUUCCUAACAUUUUUCAUUCAUUAAUUUUCCUCUAAAUUAAUCUUAAUUUAAAAAAUCUUCAAAAUUAGAAUUUCGAAAAUUAUUAUCUUUCCAUUGAUCCAUUAUUUUAAUAAUAUUAUUAGAAUAUUUAUAUUUAAAUUUUUCCAUAAACUUGAAAUAAAUACUAGAACUAGGUAUAAUGAUAAAUGUUUUUCCUCUCAUUCUGCUGUACUCGAUGCUGUACAAAAAAAAUAUUAUCAUUGGGUCACGUUUGACCCAGGAUCCGAGCCGAGGGUUAAACGAAACGAACGGGUGGUAGAUGAUUCUUCGACGAACAACGCAGAAAUCGAACAGGGACGACGGAAACGAUGUUCUCGUCGAUUAAAUUCGAGGAGGGGGUAAGAAGAACGCAAUCUUUUAGAACGACAGCCAACGUGAAAAAGGAGGAGGCAGUUUCGAAGAUUGAUCUUUCUACAGAAAAAGAACAAAAAAAAAAGAAAAAGAGAUGAAUUCAACUCGAAUCCCAUCAGGAAAAGCGACCAAGCCGAAUGAAAUAUUUUCAGCAAGGCAAGCCGCGAACUUUUUAACGUUAAACGUAAACAAUUACUCCCGCAGUCGUUGUUGUAUCAACAAUCGACCAUAUUCUAUAGUUGAAACGCAAUCAUAUUGGUUGUUGCAGAAGAUUAACCGCGGCCGAAACACAUCAAAUACAAAAUACGGUGGGACUCGAGAUAAGCAUUGAUCGAAAAGAGACGAUCACGUUGAAAUAACAGACGCAUUGUCAUUUCAGAAAAGUUCACGCGAUCGUAUCUCAGAAGAAACACUCGAAAAUGCCUCCUUCAACCUUCCCUCUAUCUUUUUUUUUGAAUUUUAUUUAAAAAAAAUAUAGGGUCGAGCAACGACGAAAACGGGCAAACUUUCAUUUAAUUUAUUAUGUAUUUAUUCGAGGGACGAGGAAAUUUUGAAAAUGAAUUUUGUACAUAAAAAAAUGGCAGUUGGACUGUUCUCUUCUUUUAAAGAAUAUAAUCAUGGUUCAGUUUGAAAUUUCUCUGAUUUCGAUUAUGUGUAAUCGUUCGAAUAAAUAUUGUUGGCUGUCGUUCGCCAACGCUGACGACGAAGGAUAGGAUGAAAAGGUUGAUUUUCAAAAGAUGGGGAACGAUUUUGGGAUACAGAUGAAGGGAUGAAUGGAAAGAAACGAGGGAACCACCAAAAACCACCACAAACCAAAAAAAAAUACACAUAUAUAUAUAUAUACACAAAAAUGAACAAAAAAAGAUGCAUAGAUUACACACAAAAAGUCUACAAAAUUAAAAAAAAAAAAAAGAGGGAGAGACCUGUUUGAGUUAGGUCUAGGGAGGACUAACGAGCAAACAAAAGAAUAAAUGAAAAAAAAACACAAAAAUAAAAACACACAUAAUUAACAUUUUACAAGUAAGUGGUUUCAUUAAGUGAUUAAUGAUGAAUGUCUCUUGAACGUGUAGAUCGUUGAUGAACGCACCUUUGUAAGUUAACUAUUCAUUUUCUUUUCUCUUUUCAUUUCUUUUUUUUUUAAUCAUUCGUGACUUUUGCUUUCGUUUUCGUCGUUGCCAUCCAGUCGUUGUACGUGCCGUAUAUCUCUUACGACAAACAAAAAAAAAAAAGAAAAAAAAAACAAAACGAGAAACGAUGAAUUUUAUCGUUUUAAAUCUGGGUUCGUAGUACCUUGUAGCGUGAUAAAGAUGUAUGUAUUCUAUAUAUUAAAUAGGGACACACUCGCCCGAUGUAUUGCAAAAGGGAACGCAGAAACGAAUCGAAAAAAGAAAUAUUUAAAAAAUCAUAAUUGUAAGAUGAAUUUUAAUUUUUUUGUUUUAAUGAAAUUCAGAGAGGCGAUCGCGUAUUUUUAAUGCACCCUUAACGCGUCGACCGUCACAGUAGAAUAAGUCAAUGUUUGGUCAGACUUACUAUAAUAUAGAUUAGUAACACGUUGAUUUUUAGUUUGUAUCAUAAUAUUGUUGGUAUAUCGCUUCAGUUUGAAUAGUUUUAAUCAUAAAUACGAUUUUAGCAAUAUUAAAAAUCAUGCUACUAUUUUAAUUAAAAUCCUAACGACGGUCAACGUGUUAACACUUUCCCUUCGUUUCUACUAAAACAAAAACCAGCCACCAUAAUUCUAUCUUCUCGAUUCUCGUGCAAAACGUGUAAACGCCUCGCGUCUUGAAAAAUAAUUGAACCAACGAUCGAUUCGCGUUUUCACACGAGAAAAAUUCCGUUGUUUCAAGGAUAUAUCGGGCCGGUAUGUUUCCACGAAAAUGUGAUAUUAAAAUUAACACGAGAGGGAAGCAUACGAUGAAGCGUAGAGAAGCGGAGGAUUAAGUUGAGAGGGAAUCGACGAGGAUAUUUAAAAAUAAAACAAAACGAAAAAAAAAAAGAGAAGGAAAAAGUGAGAGGGGAAGAAGCAAGUUUUUCGAGGGUUGGGGGUAGUUUGGAGAGGGUGUAACCGAAAAAGAUCGAUGCACCAACGCGUGAAAGAGGGUCAGACACGUGUGUGUAUGUGUUUUUUUUUUUCCUGUGUGAAAGAGACAGAGAGAAUGAGAGGAAAGGAGGAAGGGAUAAAAGAGGGAUUUUUGAAGAAGGGAAGAUAUAAGAGUAUUGAAUGGAUGGUUUUUAUCGUGAAUGACGGUUUGGGCACAGAUCACAACAGCAGCAAUAUGAAUUGAUGCAGUAUUGAGCUGACAAAACGAAUGACAAAAAUAAAAAAAAUACUUGUUACUCCAGCCGCUAGAAAUAUAUGUAAGAUGUAUAAUUCAACAAUGGAUAAUGCAAAAAGGCUGCGUUUCCGUUCUGGGCUCAAGUGUCUCGUGUUAUUAUUAAACCGUGCAAUUUGUUGUAGAAACAAUUUCGCCGAAUGCGUCGACUUGUUCUGAAAAUAUUUCUUUCAUACAUAUUGUUUUUCAUCUGAAAUCACGAGGACCUUUGAGCUCAUUUCGUGUAUCACGCGGCCGCCAGUCUAACGUUUAAGGAACCUUUAAGUAAUAACUUGAUGAUCGAUAACUAAAGUAAAAAUAAAAAAUAAAAAAAAGAUAAGAGAGAGAAAGAGCUAGGGAGGAAGACGAAGAGGAAGAGGUGGAUGAUGAUGAUGAUAAGGAGGAAAAAAAAUACAAAUAUGAAAUAAUAAUAUUGAAAAAAAUGGGUGUUAUUUUUAGAUGUCUAUUAGAUUAUCAGAACCAGAAAAACUAAAGGAUAAAAAAAUGCUUAAACAUAUUAAAAAAAAUGGAAUAAAAAAAAAAAUGAGAAACCUACUAUUAAUACUACUACUACUACUACUAUUACUACUACUACUACUGCUGCUACUACUUCUACUACUAUUACUACCGUAACUUGUAAUAAGGAUUUAAAGAACAUAGAAACUUAGUUGAAUGCGAUUUCACAAAAUGAUGCAACUUUUUGAGAAGAGCGUCCCUUCUUUUUACGAAUACCUGCUCAGGACGAAUCACAUGUACAGAGAGAGAGCGAGAGAGAGGAUCUAUUUUACAUCCUGAAUGUUUCUUUUCGACCAAAAUAAAAAAUAAAAAAAUAAAAAAUGGAACCAAAAAGCGCGACAAGAAAAAGAAAGUAAAAUGAAAAUAAACGAAACAAUCCUUCAAUAGUUGGAAUCAUUUUCUACCAAAAAAGAAAACUGAACGUGUCGCCCAGUCCUGUGCAGGUGCGACUAAUAAUCGUGGGCGUGAAAGAGACGAAGACGACGAAGGGCGACGAACGUGUAUCUUUUCCUUUUUUUUUUCCUUCCCUCCCAAAGAAGCAAAAAAAAAAUGUCGUCGUCUCCCUUCGUCGCGCUCAGGGACACCUUUUUCCUCGAGACGUUUUGCCGCUUUCAUUGUUUAGAUGAUUACUAUUUAACGACAAACAAAGAAAAAAAAAAAUACAUAAAUAAAUAAAUAAAUAAAAAAGAUGAUCGUACGAGGGAGAAGAGUUGUAAAAGGGAAAAGGUCGACGGGUACCUUUUUUUAAAACCGUGUGCACGUCCCGUGAACGCGUGUUGUCAUUGUGAGGUGGGCUUUUCUUUUUUCGAAGAGGAAAAAAACACAUCGACUACCACGAAAGAAAGAUAAUGAAUACACAACAAAAAGACACUUUCAAAAAAAAAGAAAAAAAAGAAAAAAAAAGAAAAUAUACAUUUGUAAACGAGAGCACGAGAACGUCGUCGUCUCUUGUUGCGCUCGAGAAUCGUCCAUCGCGGUUGCGUCUGGUCAGUUCGAAUCAUCGAUCAUCGGUUCUCGAUUCCAAGAUCGUUUGCAAUAAUCGUUGAUGAGAUUAUUACUAAUCUUUACAACUGUAGAUAAAAUAAAAACGAUCUCUGUUAAUCAGAUAAUCAAGAGUAGAAUCGUAUUUUUAAGGGUUGUCCAAGAAUCACCCCCUCGUGGCAGCGGUUUUAUCUUUCACACGCAGUGUCACCAAAGCGAACGAAUCGAUAUCCGCCGCUAACUUGAACAAAAAAUUGCUCCGUUUAACACUGAACGCGAAGGCUUAUCUUCAGGGUAGACUAUCCGGGUCGACCUUUGGGUGUACUCUUGGACAGGACUAUACUGGAAACAUUUCCAAGCUGAAAGAGAAAAUUACUCGAGGUUUCUCGAACUGGUUGCCCUUCGACUGGUAACCUCGACUGUCGGGAAUCGAUGAUCGCAAAGAAAUACGCGGGAAAGUAGCCAGAGACAAAGACGAAGCGAAGGCGAAAGUGCCAGGGUGGGUUACGAAGAAAGGUUUCACGGGUGCCGACGUUGCAAUCGCGCAAUUGCCGCGUGGCGAUACUCCUUCAGACGAAAAGUGCGGUCCUUUUCUCGGUCGUUGUUGAGCCACGGACAAAAAAAAAAAAGAAAGAAAGAAAGAAAGAUCUCUCUGGCUAAAGGCAUGGCAAGGGGAAAGAGAAUGGGGUAAGACGAGGCCACGUAACCGGCGUGGGCGAUCCUCGAGGGGUUCUAAACCGACGGAAACGGUCUUGAAACGAAGGGAAUAAGGGAGAGAGAGAGACAGAGGUGAAAAUUGGGUGGACAGGUAGCAAAGAAUUUUUCUGACGGUGUGUGGGUGUUUGUGUGUGUGUGUGUGUGAGUGUGUGCGUGAGAGAGAGAAAUAACUGUUGAGAACGAUAUAUAUCGAGAUAAAAACGGUCCUCGAGAUGCCACGUUGAGCUCUCUUUUCGCAAUGAGCAUUUAAUCAACGGUAGGGAUUGCUUUAGCGGACUUAAUCUUAAGAACCGAUGAAUCGCAACGAGUAUAUAAACGAUGAGAGAUAAAGAUGAUGAAAAAUUUGAGGGAAUGGUAUUGGAGUUUGAAACGAAUUUUAAAAAAAGGGAGGGGGGGAAUUUUAAGAUCGUGGAUAAAAGGGUGUGAAUGAAAUUGUAUCGCGAUGUGGGGUGUGAUUCGAAGAUGAUGACAAAAGAUAACGGGAGAGUGAAGGGAUGGAUUGAAAAAUUGAAAGAUAUAAAAAGGCAUGUUUUGUCAAUUUGUCAAUAUUUGUCACGAUUUGGUAUGCCUACGAUUGUAGCCUCCGUUUUACCGGAUGGAUGUAAUAUUAACGAUUCAGUACGAUUCUUAUAAUUAUUAUGAUUAUUCUUAAUUAAUUGAUUAAUUGAUUAUCCAUUAACACAGCUCGCGAAAGUAGGAAUAAAUACCGGACAGACAACAUGAAUCAGAUGAUUAAAAAAGAAAACAGAUAAGAAAAU